UAUACUCUGUGACGCUCUGCACACGGACUGAACUGCCUCAGUUCAGUCGCGGAGGCUCAAUAGCUUUCGUUGUACUAUUAAGCGCGAUGUUUGUGGUAUAGGGCAUUACGCAUAGCAAAUCCGCUGCACCGCGUGGAGUGUGCAGGGGUGGCGAUGUCCUUGCCCCAAAGGGGGCCGGGCCAACUGGGCUCACCCCCGGCCCUCACGGGAUCCCGGCGUGACUUGCCGACUUGGGGAGCUUGGGGAGUGGGGCCUCGGCUGCGGGCCGGAUGUGCGUGGCGUCGUCGGGUGGCACUUCGCCCAGCUGCGGCCCUCGGGGUCUCUGAGGCACUCGCGGCGUCGUGGGUGGAUGCAGCAGCCACGUCUACGGCGAUGCGGUCGUCUGACGUGCAGUCCUCUCAGCCCGGUCAGCCGCAGCAGCGGGGGCAGCAGGGCCGGGAAGGGGCGCAGCCAGGGGCGCAGCGACUUGCUGCGCCCGCAGCGCCCAUGGCGUCCGCGACCAAGCUGCCGGCGCACAGCGGGGUGAGCGCCGGCGGGGUGGUGCUGGGCGUGCUGCUGACGGUGGCGCUGCAGAUGGUAGCGCGCUGGCUGCAGCGGCAGCGCUGGGCGCGGCAGGUCAUGGAGCUGCUGGACAGCCGGCGCAGCAGCGGCGCCGCCGCCAGCACCAGCACCAGCAGCAGGCUCAGCAGCGGGGACGGCAUGGACGACGACGCGGCGGCCUGGGGCAGCUGGCGGCCGCGGGACACGUCGGGCGGCAGCAGCAGCCGGGCCAGCCUGGACCGCUCGACGCCAGGGUCAGGGUCGGCUGACGGGGAGUCGGGCGCGGCGGCGGCCACCCUGGCGUUCCUGGGUGGCUCGGGAGUGGGGGGUGCAGGUCCCGGUGGCGCGGGGACGAUGGACGGCUUGCCGUCGGCGCCGCCGAACUCGCCCUCGGCGGCGGCGGUGGCGGCGGCAGCCGCCAUGGGCGGGUUGCCGCCACCGCCGGUCGGCGCGGACCCUGGGGAAAGCGUUGAGUGGGUGAACAUGUGCUGGCGCAAGGUGUGGCGGGUGUACCAGCGCGGUCUGGAGCGCUGGAUCAUCGACCUGCUGCAGCCCGUGUUCGACGGACUGGUCAAGGACGGCUCCGUGCCUCGCUGGCUGUGCCGGCUGCGGGUGGUGGAGCUGACGCUGGACCACGAGGCGCCCUACUUCUCAAACAUGCGCCGCCGCAACAGCCGCAAGGACUCGGACCUGAACGGGGUGGUGGACCUGCGCUACACGGGCGGCGCGCGCAUGCUGCUCAUGCUGGAGCUGGGCGAGGGGCGCUGGAGGUUCAAGGUGCCUGUGCUGGUGUCGGACCUGGACCUGGAGUGCAAGAUGUGGCUCAAGCUGCGGCUGGCGCCCAUGUGCCCCUGGAUCGGCACCAUCAGCCUGGCCUUUGUGGGGCCGCCCAACGUCAAGGUGCAGCUGUCGCCCUACAACCGCGUGCGGCUCAUGCGCGUGCCGGUGGUGCAGAACUACCUGCGCAAGCUGCUCACGGUGGACCUGCCGGGCCUGAUGGUGUUGCCCGAGCGUCUGGAGAUCAACAUCCCGCCCAGCGUCACCACCAUUGCGGAGGCGGCGGUGGGGCGGGACACCAUCAUGCGCGCGGUGGCCAGCGCCGUGCUGCAGGCCGACGCCGUGGAGGCGGCGCUGCUGGCGGCGCUGCCGCUGGGGCCGCAGACGCCGGCGGGCGGCAUCACGCUGCCGGAGGCCUUCAAGGGCGAGCUGAGCGUGACACUGCGGGAGGCGCGCAACCUGCCGGUGUGGGGCUUCCCGGGGCAGAGCAACCCCUACUGCCGUCUGGUGCUGGGAGAUCAGGCCGUGCAGAGCCGGCGUGAGGGCGACACGUCUCACCCGGGCCGCCACCGCGCGCCGGUGUGGAACCAGGAGUUCCAGUUCCUGGUGGAGGACCCGGGCGUGCAGGUGUUGGAGAUGCUUGUGAAGGACAGCCACCUGACGGGGCGCACCGAGGUGGGCCGCGCCUCCAUACGCCUGGAGGACCUCAUCAAGGCGCAGCAGGGCGCGGAGGGCGGCAAGGUGUCCAUGUGGGUGCCGCUGCAGGCGCCCGCGUCCUCCUACGGCAUCACGGCGGCGGAGGACGUGCCCACAGGCGAGGUGCUGGUGGAGCUGACCUACAAGGACUUUGACGACGACGAGCAGGACUCGGGAUACCGGGAGGCGGAGAACUUCACAAAGCAGGCCGCAGCGCAGGCGCCCAUCACAGACAUCCGCAGCGCCGCAGCAGCCAGCAGCCGAGCCGCCGUCGCGGCCUCCGCCGCCGUGUCUGCCAUUGCCAUGACCAAGGCGGCGGCUGCGCGCGCAGCGGCCCGCGCAGCGCGCGCAGCGCAGGAGGCGGCCGCGGCGGCGGCGGGUGCGGCAAAGGGCGCAGUGGACCAGGGGGCGUCCAUAAUCGUCGGGCAGCCGGGCCAGGGCCAGGCGGCGGGCGGCAAGUCGCCCAUCCAGCUGCCGGCGGGCCGUGAGCCCAAGGCGCUGCCGGCAGCCAGCGGUGCGACCACGUCAGCACCGGCGCCGCCGUCAGAGAGCGCCGUGGAUGCGGUGGUGGCCGGCGCAACCGACGUGGAGACGGUGGCGGUGGCGGCGGCGCGGCAACGGCUGCGCGUGCUGGCUGAAGAGGCCGCGGCGGCGGCGGCGGCAGCUGCCAGCGCAUCCUCGCAGGCGGAGGCGGCGGAGGUAGCGGGGGCGGCUGUGACGGCGCCCAAGCCUCGCUCGGUUGCAGACAGCGCGGCGGCGGUGCGGCGGGGGCGGGGUGGGCCCCGCGACGACGACCAUGACGAUGGCGGUGACGGACAAGGACCCGGCAGCGGCGGUGGCGCUGCCGCCGCUGCCCCGGUGCUGGAGCGCAUUCCGGCUCUGGCGGUGGAGGCGCGGGGCGGCCGCAGCGCCGGUGGCACUGGGUCGGCGGGCGUGUCGUCGGCGAUGGUGGCGGGUGCGGCGUCGCUGCCCACGUCGGCGGCAGCCGCCACCACUGUGGUCCUGGAGCGGCCGCCGGCACGUGUGGCGGGGGCGUCUACAGCCAGCAUGGAGGAGGAGCUGUUCGCGGCGGCCCCAGGCGGCGGCGGCGGCAUUGGCGACGGCGGUGUGUCCAGCCGCCACACCCUGGGCGUCCGCCCAGUGCUCGGCGGCGGCAGUGGAGACGGCGCCCGGCCCUCGGACGCGGCUGCGGCAGGGGUGCAGUCACCGUCGGGCGGCCAGGACGGGUGGAGCCACGUCCCGCCGACGCAGGCGACUGCCAAUGGCAACGGCGCAGCGGCGUUGGCGCAGCGGCACACGGGGCCGGGGGCUCUGGUGGAGGCGGAGGCGGAUGAGCAGGAGUGGCAGUCGGCGCCCUUGCAGCGGGGCCGGCUGGAGGACUACGACCUGGUCGGCGGCCAGGGCGCAGACGCACCGGCAACAGCGGCACACGGGGCGGCGGCCGGGACGAUGGCGGACAGGGACGGCGACGCGGCGGGGGCGCAGGCAAGCAGCACUGCUGGUGGCGGGGGCGGCGGUGUCAUGGGUGCUCUGGCCAGCCUGGCGACGGUGUCGGCGCACUCGCUCAGCAGCAUCACACGCGGCUCUCGCCCGCCGGAGGCCUCGUCCUCGGCGCCCGGGGCGGCCGCGGAUCCCGGCAGCAGCAGCGGCGGCAGCGGCGGCGGUGGUGGUACGGCCUGGCUGGACGCCAUCGUGUCGCGGCUGCCGCGCUACAAGGCCCACCACGACGAGGAUGAGGUGAAGCGCAAACAAGGCGCGUCAGGCAAGGACGGAGCAGCAGCAGCGGCUGCCGUAAAGCUUGACAAAGAUGGCGUGACGGCUGCUGCGGCUGCUGCCGGGCUUGAAUCCGCGGGCACAGCGGGCGAGGACCACCCCUGGUGGCAGUUCUGGGUGCCCAAGGGCGGCACCGCCAAGCUCAACGAGUCGCAGCAGCAGUCCGGCAGCUCCAGCUCCACCUCGCCCUCGGACUCGGACGGUGGCGCCAGCAGGCCACGUGCCGCCAACGCGGACGUGACCUUCUCCUCCACCGACGGCGGUGCCGCUGCCAACACGCCCGACGGCGGCAAGCCCUGGUGGCAGUUCUGGUCGUGGGAUGAUGGCGGCAAGGCUGGCAAGGGCAAGGCCGGCGAGGGCGAGGCGGCGGGGUCUGGGCUGAACGGCGGCGGCGCUGUGGGCGGCGAGGGUGAGGACGGCCUGGGCUCCAAGCCCGUGGAGGCCAUUUACAUCCCGCCCGACCUGCCUCUGGAGGAGAUCGCGGCGGAGGUGCAGCGGCUCAAGGAGGACAGCUGGCGCGAGCGCAGCGACCACGUCAGCAGCCUCUGGAUGAAGGCCGUGGAGCGCAACGACCGCAAGUGGCUCAUGCUGGCCGCCUUCCUGCUGUCGGUGGCGGUGGGGCUGCUGACGGUGGUGGCGUGGCGGCUGGAGCAGCUGGAGCACCUGCAGGCGGCGGCGCCCCAGAUCGCGCUGAUGACCAUGCAGGCGGCGCUGCAGGUGCUGGAGGAGCAGGCGCGCAGCAGCGGCGGCCUGUGAGGCGCAAGCACGCAGAGGGAGGGAGGGAGGGAGGGAGGGAGGGAGGGACUCGGACGAAGAAGUCAGCAGCACAGCACUGGUAGACCUCAUGUCAGCGAGCGGCAUGGCAAGCAGCGCACUCGCCUCGGCGGGCCAUGCGCUUGGCGUCAACCUUGGAGGGUGUCAUACCUACCAAGUCAUUCAGCCAGCCGGCAGCAGCAAAGGCGCUUGCAACGAUCGCGACAUACAACCUUUGGAGUAGAUACAUUGAAUUUGCAACAGUAGCAGCAGCAGCAGCGGUUCAGGAGGGAGAGCCUCAGGAGAGACAGCGCGGGCAGACAGCUAGCAAGGCAAAGCGCAGUAAUGUAUAGCGCGGCUCCUGUUGUAGCUUCUAGUAUACUCGUGGCCUUGGAAGUGGGCUUUUGCGCUGGGAGGUACGACCGCACCACACGCGUUCAGUAUGGCAAGGCGCGGUAAUGGGGCGGACCACGGACCUUGUGCAUGUCAACACAUGCGGUCGCGUGUGCUGUUGUAGGUUCUGGUCCUUCUGGCAACCAGGCGGAUUGGCAAGGGGCCCUUCGCAGUUUCGGACAGCGCGCUUGGCCAGGCAUCAUGGUGUGCCCCACCGAUCAUAUCAUCAUGGUGGCUGGGAGCGUGUUGCUGUGGAGAGGCAAGGCAUUGUUGUUGUUCAAUGUCAGGAGCACACACAUUAAGCUCCAAGUUAAGUCUGUUAUGCGGGCACAUAUGCCGUUGAGCGGGUUGAGGGCAGCUGUUGAUGUCCAAAUGUUGAAAUGGGUUGAGGAGUAGGGCAUGAGCUAGAUUGAAGUGGCGCCGGCGCGCAGGAGGUUGAGACCUGCCGGUGUCUGGUUUGCUUUUGGGGUUGUUCCCUGCUGUGCUUGUGCUUGACAGCGGGACACAGCUGGACACAUGGCGGGCGGUGCCUGGAUGAAGUGCAGCAGAUGGCAACAAGCACAAAGGAUGGCAGGAGUUUCGCAGUCUUCCCCAGGGCAGGUGUUGACCGGUGGGCGUGCAAGCGCACGGUAAUUGAAAGGGAGGUUCGGCGCAGUGUCCUGGAGCGGGGUGCACAGAGCUCCAGGGUAGCAGCGCAUAGGAUGGUAGGGGACCCAUAACUUCAAGCCGUGCCCAGUCGUUGGAGUCCAGGAACAUUGACAGUGGCAAGCGCAGCCGCGUACGGUACGCGCUCUAUACCCACGCAAGAAAGAGCCAAAGAGGGGUUUUGAUCUUAACGAGGUGAUGGUGAACUGCUCUUCGCGGCCGAGUUGACGUUUAGUGGCCCAGACAUUGCGCGGCUGCGAGCGUGCGCGCCUGCUUGCUGCGGCGGCACAAACAGCUAAGGCAAAUAGGCAGCGACUCUUACCGAUUGCGGAAAGGAAAACGCACUUCAUGGGAUUUCAGCGUUUCAUCGAAACCCC